AUGGCGCACGCAGGGGUGCUGGCCUUUUUCGGGCCGGCCGACCCCCCGCCGCCGCACGCCGCCGCGCCGCCGCAGCAGGCGGACCGGGAUAGGAUCCUCCUUUUUGCGCGCUACGCGCUGCAGGGCGGCGCCAGCUUCAUAUCUGAGGUUCAGGAGAAGCAGCGCGGCAACAGCCAGUUCGAAUUCCUGACCCCAGGCGGCGCGCACCACGGCUUCUACCGAUGGGCCCUGUUUUGCACCGCCUUUGGCCUGUCAGUAGACCAGCCGCUGCCGGACGGCUGGCAGCCGACAUGGCCACAGCCGGCCGCGGCGCCGGCGACAGCCCCGCCCG